AUGCGGUUCUUCGACUUUUUAUCUUUGUUUGUGGUGCUGUUGCUAGGCACUGUGGCCUCGGCCUGGCCAUGGGGGUCCCAAGGAGAAGUCGUUGCCCGUGAUGCACUUCUGGACAGGCGCGCAGCAUCGACCACGACCGAAGCUGCGACAACUGACACCGCAACCGCCUCUACGGGCACUUCAGCCUCCGGUACCACCAACACUGCAACCACUGAUGCUGCAACCACCGAUACUGCAACCACCGAUACUGCAACCACCGAUACUGCAACCACCGAUACUGCAACCACCGAUACUGCAACCACCGACACCGCGACUACGGGCGAAACCACUGAUAAGAAAACAGACACCAAGACGAAGACGAAUACGAAACACACCACCUCCACCUCGAUCUCUAUCGACCCCGCUGCCGCUGCGGGAGGUAUCUCGAUGCUCACUCCGUCUGCCCUAUCGACCACCUACUACAAGAUCGGACAGGAUAUCACCUUUGUGUGGAACUACACUUCGCUCAGUGUGACUCCCACUGCUGUCGACGUUGUUGCCUCCUGCAGUGCCAACGCUCAGAUCUACACCCUCACCUCCAAUAUGAGUGCCGAGGCCACCGGAACCUAUAUCUGGGACACUGGAAAAUACCAGUCCUCCGCCACGAUCCCAUUGUUGACCGCCACCUACACACUCUUCGUCUAUGACGCGAGCAAGGCCCUCACUGACACCGCCCAGGCUGGCUACCUGAGUUCGAACCAGGGUUACAGCUUUGGCAUGUACAGUCCCCAGCCUUAUACUCCUCUGGGUGAAUUCAAAUGUGCCACCUGCAGUGGCUCCAUCUCUGACAUCCAACGCCAAGGCAUUAAAUUCGCCCUCGGCAUGGCAUUUGUCACACUUGCGUCUUUCACGUGGUUUGUCAGCGGCCUAGGGAUUUUCUCCUGA